AUGGCCGACGACGUCAUCGCCGAUAUCUCCUCAGAUGAUGGCGAGGCCCAGGAGCAGCCAGCGGCAGCCAAGGGGCCAGUGACGCCACCAUCUGAAGAGACGGCUCAUGUGAAUGCUAGUGGUGACGGACCGACCCCAAUUCUUGAUGCUCCCGGCGCAGAGGAGGAGAUCGACCUCGACUAUGCUGAAGAUUUACCACGUGCCGAGGAGGAAGAGGGUGAGGCGGAGACGUCUCCUGACAACGGAAAUGAAAAUGAGAAUGAGAAUGAAGAUGGGGCUGCCAGCGACUCGGAAGACGGCGAAAUCAAGAGUGAUGGUGAGGUGUCGGAAGACGAUACUUCAAAGAAGAAGGCACCCAAAAAGGAGCGCGAGGACGGGGAGCUCGAAGAUGGCGAGAUCACGGAUUCAGACGAUGACGCCAUCGUUGUCAACAUGAAGCAAAAGGUCGGCUCGGGUCCCACGGCCAGAUUUGGAGGAGCUCCCGGUGUGUCACGUACUAUUUCGGCCAGUUCCUCGUCAAAGCCGGAAAACUCAUGGGCGAAGGGUCUUCGAGAGGCUAGAGAGCUGCUCCGCAAAUCCGACCAGAAAAAGAUGGAUCCGGAUUUUGAGGAGAAACGCAAAUAUGGACGUCUUUCCGGCGAACAGGACUGGGCCAACGAUAGCGAUGACGAAAAAAUUCCCUCGCUCCUCUCCAUCGAAGUUGGCGCACCCCGCCGUAAAGCUGCUCGUUACAAGGGAUACGAUUUGGCCAAUGGCGACUACACGCACCAUGUCGAUAGAAUACUGGAGCGCGAAGAGGAGGAGGAGAGGAUAAGACGAGGACUCGGACCGGGGCACACUUCGCCGCCACUGACGCCACGCUGGAGCGCCGGGUUGCUGGACAGAUAUGGAAGACCGUUGGACAUGAAACAGCUCGGCCCGCAAUGCACCUAUCCGGAUCGCGGCAGUCAACAGAAACGCCCUGACGGGCGUCGUCCCAGCUCUCCAUCUCGCCGUGCCCGCACCGGAAGCAACAUGACGCCCGUGUCUUCCCGUAGUGGCUCCGGCUCCAGAUCGCCCAGUCGCAACAAGAGCGGAAGGAAACGAAACGGGCGCAGUGGGUCCGGCAGUCGCACACCUACAAACGACCUGACUACCUAUCGGAUUCCCAAGCGAAAGGGCAGACGCUCUCGAUCUCCAUCAGCCGACCGCCGCUCGCCGUGGCGUGACAUGGAUCCGAAUGGCCCGGCGAUGCUCCGACCAAGGCGUGCCCAAUACAACCAACGGAAUCAAGCACCGCCUCCCCCGCGUCGUGAACCGAAUCAACCGAUUGAUCUGCAGCCGACUGGUGCUGAAGAUAUCAGUGAUGACGAGCUGGUUCGUGAAGCCAGUCUCCUCUGGCUCUUCCCGAUCAUCGUCACGCUCAUCUUCACGUUCCUCAUCGUCUUCUUCUGGAUCAUCUUCGGACGCCACCUCCCGCUCUACAAGCCCGGCCCUGCCUGCCAAAUACCGCACCGUCAACUCGGCCUCACCAGCCUGACUCCUCCGAAAACCCGUGUGCGAUCGCCGGCACCGAAGCGCAUCCGGAAAGCGCGCACUCCAUCGGCCAGCCCUCCUCCUCCUCCUCCACCACCACCACCGCCCGCUCCUCCCCGCGAUGAUCAUCGCCGUCGGGAAGAGCGCUUUGUGCGGCAGCCAGUGCAGCCGAAACAACGUCAAAAGACCAAAGAGGAAUUGCUGGAGGAACUUCGCCGCGUCGAGGAGCGUCUCCAGCGCAAACGUAGACAGGCGGCCAUG